AUGCCUUACGAUCUCACAGUUGCCAUCCCGACCCUGGUUGGCAGCUUGCUGUCAGCUGUCGCAACCUCUUGCGUUCUCAUCUCGUACAUUGUGUACGCUGAUCAGCAACGGUCUUUUCGUCAUGCACUGGUUCUCAACCUUGCUUUGGCUGAAUUCAUCAAUUCGUUGAACAAUUCAAUAUCUGGAAUCUAUGCGAUCGUGAACAGGGGUAAUAUUGCAGAGGGCCCAGCAUGUAGCCUCAAUGGUUGGGUAGGUCAGUGGUCUGUUCAGGCUGCCGACUUCUCAAUCCUAGCCAUCGCUGUCGUAACACUCCUUACGAUCACCCGCAAGACUUACAUGCCAAAUGCCUCCCUUUUGAGCAAGGUUCUCAUUUGCGCAUCGGUAUGGAUUAUUCCCACCAUCACAGCGACUACAGCCGCGGGAUUGGAGGAACUGAAACCUGUUAGCGGCAACUGGUGUUGGAUAUCCGGCAAACGUACGGAUUUACGCUAUGCCUUAGGUCAUGGUUGGAGGUUCAGCAUCAUCCUCGGAACCAUUGGGAUCUACAUCUAUAUCUGGGUAUAUAUGCGACGACACUUCGUACAGCUACACAAUCUCAGCGGAGGAAGAUCUUACGGCCAAGGAAGCUCUAACAAAGCUGCCAAACGCCGCACUUUCCACAGAGAUAAUGCCAUUGAGUUAAGGAGCGAGUCGCAGACGGAGCUGCACGAGAUUAAUGUCGAGUACCGCUAUGAAGUCAAGCAUUCUGAGGGGAGGAGCGGUACCAGUCUCGGAAAGGACCUUGACAUUGAAUCCUCGGUGGGCGACAACAGACGCCCUAGCGAAACCACACUUGGCUCGCCAUUGUCACCAGUAAGCCCAUACAUCAAGGACCCAUCAGCCUUGACUAAAGACUUCCCUCCUGCGGACAGCGUACGAAACGUCGCAAUAGCCAUGCCCGGAAGCAGUGCCAAAGUCGCGAUCUCUGGAGCCUACGAGUCCGGAACCACUCCCCAGCGCAAUGGAGCCAGUCCUCGGGACCUGGAGCGAGAAAUCAAGAGAAUGCUACUGCUAAACGCAUAUCCAGUGCUGUACAUCAUCUUGUGGUUGCCUGGUAUUCUCAAUCGCCUGGUGGAAGCUUCAGGUCAUUCGAGCUACCCGUUGGCUAUCCUACAGUGCUCAACACAGUAUAUCGGUCUGGCGAAUGCUAUUACAUAUGGGUUCAAUGAACAUUUGAAGAUGACGGUCAGGCGGGACUUGAUGAAGUGGUACAGAAAUAGACGGGGAAGGGCACAAUUAUCAUCAUAA